AUGUCAUCACUUGCAUUUGCACAUAUUAAUGAGUGCGCUUCCGGGCCGUGUCAGAAUGGAGCACAUUGUAAUGACUUAGUCAAUCAAUACACAUGCAGUUGUGUGCCUGGUUAUGUUGGCACGCAUUGUGAGACAGACGUCAACGAGUGCGCUUCAGACCCAUGCCAACAAGGCGGAGCCUGCCUAAACGAGAUUAACCAAUACACAUGUCAAUGUGUCUCGGGCACAGAAGGAACAAACUGUGAAAUAGACAUUGACGAAUGCGCGUCUGGUCCGUGCCAAAAUGGAGGAACGUGUACAGAUCUUUUCAAUCACUUUGUCUGCGCAUGCCUACCGUGGUACUACGAAUAUAACUGUGCCUCACUGGAUGGAUCAUACAGUUUUAGAACGUUCACUAAGUUCAAAAAUCACGCACUUGUCGACAAGUCCUACAGCAUCUCUCAAACUCGCAGUGAGAUAGAGUGUUUAAGGAAAUGUUUAGGGAUGGCAGAUUGUCAGUCAGUGAACUUUAAAAGCACAUUGGGUACCUGUGAAAUUGCAAGUGUGACGAAAGCUGACCAUGCUCUGGAUUAUAUUUCCUCAUCUGCGUCGGCGUACUUUGAAUAUAAGCCUUGAUUUUCAUUUCAUUUAUUCAUUUUUAUUUCGGAAUUGUACAUCUAGGCCUAUGCAAAAUUACGAAAUACACCAUCUUAAGAAUAUACUGUGCAUAAAAAGAAAUAUGCUAAGCCGAGCCCUAACUCUAGACAUAAAUAUUCAAUACCUUUCCGUAGUGUCAAUCAAAUUAACAACUGACCAAUCAGAACAGGGCCAGAAAUACGUCUUUCAAACACACAUGUUUUUACACUGUCGUUUUGCGAGACCUUAGGUACAAUACCCAAUGGGCGGGGUUUAGUGGAAAGGUCCACUGAGAAUGAACGCAACAGUCAUAAACAUUGCGUCUUGAUAAUCAAACUAUAGAAUACUGUAGGGCUCUGAGGAUGGUUGGGAAUUUGGAGGGGUAGAUUCCACCCUGUAUUUUUUACUUGUGAGGUUACACUGAACAGACGACGGACAUUCAAGUCCAGAUGCGUAGUAUGAUACUGUACUUCCGUAAAGUACAUUUGAGACCUGUAAUAGGGCUUCAGCAACCGUCAAUAAACGUCAACAUAGUUAACAACAUUUUGUCAUCCUCCUUCAACAACCAACAACAUGAAUAAUUAUUAAUAUAAUAGUAUCACUUAGUGACUGCUGUACUAUUAAUAAAGAAAUACAACAGUUCCAUGUUACUUGUUUUUACUAAAUUAUUAUUAUUAUUGUUUUUUUUCCCUUUUUUUUUAAUUAGCUGGUUUUAGGCCGAAGGCCCAGUAUAUGCCAAGACUGAAAUUAAUCACUAUUCAAAGUUGCAUACCCCUUCACAAAACAAUCAUAAACACAAGAUUCUCUACGUAAACUAAGUCUUAUUAUAAGACUUAAAGAGCGGAGUUGUUACCGUGCCAGGAAUUGUACCCAGAACCCUGGGAUUGGAAGGCAAGCACCUUAAAUACCAAGCUAUUCAACUCCACUAUUAUUUGUUUUGAAUUCGAAUUCGAGUAAAGUUAUACCUGAUACGUUAUCAACCCAUUUACCAAUUGGAACGUUAAAAUCAACAUAGAGGUCUGGUUUUAUAAAAAUAGAAAGAGAAAAAAUCGAUCAAAAAUUUAGUCACUUCAGUUGAUAAACACAAUGUUGUUUGUCUGACACAU